ACACACACACACACACACACACACACAUCAGAUUUGCAGCCAACAGCGCACUAUCCUGCCUUAUCUAUUAUUGAGUGCAUCCAGAGAUAUUCUUGGCCAAGUUGUUUUCAGGCAGAUGUUCACAGAUGUUAACAUCAGGCAGUACAGAUGUGUUAUCUUUACUGCAGCAUGUAGGUUAAAUCAUUACUGAACCCGCAGCAGGUCUGUUAGUGCAGUGUGUGUGGGUGAGCAGCACACACAACUUCCUCCGAUAAAGUGCACUCUCUGUGUCCGGAGUGUGCACUAGAGGAGGGGCGAUUCAGGAUGGUUUGGAAGCGGCCACUCGGAUCACUGCGGCAUUUAACACGCUGACAGCUCCAUGUCAUCUGGGUGGAAUAUGCUCGCUGGGAAAGCUUUGUUUCUUUUCUGAGGAAUUAUGAGAGAUCUGCGUGUUGUCGCUUGUGUUGUCUGGGAUUGAAUGAGUUGUCUGGGGAAAGAUGGCGCGCCCUCUGCGUAGCUUUGGUGUGGCUGUGGCUCUGUUAGGAAUGGCGAUGGUCACACUUCCAAAUGGAAAAGCUGAGCCUAAUGUUAAAGAGGAGGAGAGCUCUUGUCAAGGUGCCUUCGACUUGUAUUUUGUCCUCGACAAAUCUGGAAGUGUCAAAAACCACUGGAAUGAGAUCUACUCCUUUGUGGAACAUCUUGCAGAGAAAUUCACAAGCCCAAUGCUAAGGAUGUCCUUCAUUGUCUUCUCUACGCGUGGAGCUAUCAUUAUGGGACUAACUGAAAAUAGGGAUGAGAUUACCAAAGGCCUGAGCGUAUUAAAGAAGGUGGUACCAGGAGGUGACACAUUUAUGAAUCUUGGAUUACAAAAGGCAAAUGAACAAAUACGUCGUGGAAAUUAUGGGACAGCCAGUGUUAUCAUUGCUUUAACGGAUGGAGAGUUAAAUACAAAUCAGUUUAUCACAGCACAGCAAGAGGCAUGGAGGGCCAGAUCUUUGGGAGCCAUAGUGUAUUGUGUGGGUGUGAAAGACUUUAAUCAAACACAGUUGGCUACCAUUGCAGACACCAUUGAACAUGUGUUUCCUGUUGUGGGAGGCUUCCACGCCCUGAGGGGAAUGAUUGAUUCGAUCAUCAAAAAAUCAUGCAUUGAGAUUUUAGCAGCAGAGCCAUCAAGUGUGUGUGCUGGAGAGGCAUUCCAAGUGGUCGUAAGAGGCAAUGGCUUUUUGUACACCAGAAACACCAAUCAGGUCUUGUGCAGCUUCAAAAUCAAUGACACAGUCACAGUGAAUGAGAAGCCUGUAAACAUUGAAGACACACUUCUGCUUUGCCCAGCACCAGUUAUAGAUGAAGUUGGAAAGGUGAUAUAUCUUCAGGUCAGCAUGAAUGAGGGCUUGUCUUACAUCACUAGUUCAGUGCACAUCACCACUAGUGCAUGUUCUGAUGGCACCAUUCUCCUCAUUUCAUUACUGGUGAUCUUCCUGCUCCUGGGUCUGCUGCUGAUGUGGUGGUUCUGGCCUCUGUGCUGCACUGUGGUCAUUAAAGAGCCACCUCCUCCACCACCACCUGAGCCUGAGUCUGAUGAUGAGAAUGGGAUGCCAAAGAAGAAGUGGCCUACAGUUGAUGCCUCUUACUAUGGGGGCAGAGGAGUUGGAGGCAUUAAAAGAAUGGAGGUACGCUGGGGGGAGAAAGGCUCUACAGAGGAAGGCGCUAAGCUGGAGAAACCCAAGAAUGCAGUGGUGAAGAUGCCUGAGCAGGAGUUUGAGCCUUAUGAGCCCAAACCGAGGAGACCGACAGCACACCGGUCUUCACAACAAAGGAGGUGGUACAGUCCCAUUAAGGGGAAACUGGAUGCUCUGUGGGCUCUGCUCCGCCAUGGGUAUGACCAAGUGUCCCUCAUGAGGCCCCAGCCUGGAGAUCAGGGCCGAUGCAUCAACUUUACUCGGGUGAAAGACGAGGCAGUCAGGGCUCCACCGCGCAGCCCUCCUCCAUCUCCACCACCCCCAGCAGAGCACCGGCCCCUGAUACACCCCUCCACCUCAGCACCUCCCAACCAACCAGCCCGCUCACCACCCAGACCCCCACCGGUGCGAUCACCCCAUGGACCCCCACCAUCACGAGCACCCCCAAGACCCCCUCCUUCUCUUCCCCCACCCUGCCCUGGGAACCAGCACUGAGAACAAUGCAGAAUCCUAAGCGCCCUAAGCUAAGAGUUGUUGCUGGACAGCAAAAAAAAAAGUCAACUACUGAUUAUUCCCGGAGAUGGAUGAGAUGUGAUCUAACUUACUUAGCUGGGCUUUGGGUCUGCUUUAAAAGAAUCAUAUUGUUUGUGAAUUAUCACAUUUUAUGUAGUCAGUAUGUGUAAGUCUUUGAAAAGUUUUUGGGCUUGAAAAUGAAACUGGCAUUAAUGUAUUACAUGGAUGGAUGACUGAAGGUUUUGGCUGAAAGCUGAAGAAUCAAGGGUUUAAGCAUUUUGAAGUGUAGAUUAGUCAGCUGUAAGUAAUUUCCUAAGGCACUAUCCUUAGAUCACUUGAUUGGACCUGUAAAAAUAAAGUAAUUGCAACUGCAGGGCAGUUCCAUCCUCUAAUUUAUUUAGCCUUGGUUUCCUGGAAAGCACUUGAGCAUAGAAUGACAGGGUGUCCACCACUGUUAUAGGACACUAAGCAUGGCCUACUUUUGUAAUUUUUUUAAAACUGUAUUGUGGAAGGGAAUGCGGGGCUUUGAUUUUUUCACAUAGGAUGCUUCAACUGCAGACUACAUGAUAAAAUUUAAAUGUAAUUGUGUUUAGUUACUUCUAUUGUAUAUGAACAACUUUCUCUGGAAACAAAACACACAAACUAAAUUGUUCCCUUCUUGUUCUCACACACAACUAACCAAAUAUCACUGCCAUUUAUUAAACAUUUUUGCAACCGAA